GUGGCAUUGCUGACGUUUGUUUGUAAAUAGUAAUUAGUUCGUUUCGGUGUGCUGUCGGCUAACAAUUUUGAGGAAUUGUUUAUAUGCGAUUUCUUAUUGCUUAUAAUUUAGAUGAAAUGGAUCUUGACGUGCAAGUUAUUAAAAAGUCCAAAAGGCAUACGCGGGAUGAGUUAGAAAGCUUCUCACAACAGCAACUCGUCGACCGAGUUAUUCAGCUUGAGUCCCAGAAUUUCCAGCUCAAAAACAUCAUUCAAAAAGUGACGGGAAUCAAAGCUGAUGACCCUAAGCCAAACGAUAAAAAUCAACGGAAAUUUGAUUUUGCAAGUUGCCACAAACGACACAUUUUAUUGAGGUUCUACUACUUGGGCUGGGAUUAUCAAGGCUAUGCCUCACAGGAAGAUUCUGCUCGUACAAUUGAACAUCAGCUUUUCAAUGCACUGACACGGGUGUGCCUUAUCGAGAGUCGAGAAACAUCCAACUAUCAUCGAUGUGGCCGUACGGACAAAGGUGUGAGUGCCUUCCAUCAGGUGGUUAGCUUGGAUGUACGCUCCAAGUUCGCCCCUGAUAGGCAGCUGGACCCCGAAUCAAUCGCCAACGAAAUCAACUACUGCCAACUAUUGAACCGUGUUCUACCGCAAGACAUUCGCUGCGUAGCCUGGAUGCCGAUGGUAAAUCCAAACUACAGCGCCAGAUUUGACUGCCGUUCCCGGACGUAUCGAUACUUUUUUCCUCGCGGAAACUUGGACAUCGCUGCCAUGAGAGAAGCUUGCACUCAUCUGGUUGGGGCACACGAUUUCCGCAAUCUGUGCAAAAUGGACGUGGGAAAUGGCGUUGUUACGUUUACUAGAAGGAUAUCGUACGUUUCAAUUGAGGACUCACAGGGCGAUGCGAAUGAAUCUUCCUAUGAUAUGCUGUAUCUCGAAUUGCGAGGUAAAGCGUUUUUGUGGCAUCAGGUACGUUGCAUAAUGGCUGUUUUGAUACUCGUGGGAGAGAGGAAGGAAAAACCAACGGUGAUCAAAGAACUGCUCGAUGUGGAAAAGAAUCCGUGCAAGCCGCAAUAUAGUUUAGCCAGUGAUUUACCGCUGAACCUGUACGAAUGCGAAUAUCGUAGCAAAGGUGUGUUCGAUCCGGCUGUGUUCGAUAAAAAUGCUCCAGUACAGGAAGAGGACGAAGAGAUGGAUGAUCAUUCGGAUUUGCGAGAGUGGGUGUAUGAAGAGGAAAGCCUGACGCGAACGAUUUCUGAGUUGCAAGGUCUGUGGGCUGGCAAUAGUAUCAGGUCAACAAUGUGUCGAGAAAUGCUAAAAAGUUUGCAAGUCAUCUUUGAUCAACGGUUUCCGAAAACGGAUAAGCCGAUUUGUCAACAUGCGAUACUUCUUCAGGGUGUACAAUCGCGCGAUUACAAACCGUUGAUGGAUCGGAAAAAAUGUGAGAGCCUGGAAAGCCGAAUUGACCAUUACUCGAAAAAGCGUCGCAUCCAGGUUAAUUCCAAAGAAGUGCCAGCCAAUGAAGUGGGAAACGAUACAGCGUAGACGCGGCUGCCGAACAGUGACGAAGACAAAUUUGAGAGCUGAAUUCAUAAUCAGUCCAACGAGACUUAAUUAUUAUUCCAAACCCGUAUGUGCAGAAUACAUCAAUGUGAACUGUGAAGUGUGUAUUAAUGGAAACGAGUCGAUGAAAACGAAUGAGAGAAAUCUAAUCUUUAUUACCUUUGCAUUGUUAUCACCUUAAUAAAAGUUUUGUACAAACAUGCUACAAAGAAA